UUGCACUUGCUCCUGGGGAAGUGGGCUGCAGGCGGUACCUGCUCAGUUGAUAAAAGCAGAUGUCUUCACCUAUUAGGAGGAUGGUGACUGCCAAGGUGUGGGUUCUGAAGAAGCAUUUUGAGGGUUUCCCCAAAACCAGCGACUUUGACCUGAAAAAGAUAGAGCUGCCAAACCUAAAGGAUGGAGUGUUGCUGCUUGAAUCAGUGUUUCUCAGUGUUGAUCCUUACAUGAGACCUUACAGUCGAAGGGACAUGAAGGAAGGGGACAUAAUGAUAGGCACACAGGUUGCCAGGAUUGUAGAAAGCAAGAAUCCUGCUUUCACAGUGGGGGCCUUUGUCGUGGCUAGAAGUGGCUGGAGAACUCAUUUCAUCUCUGAUGGGAAAGACCUACAACUCCUUCCUUCCAGUUGGCCAGAAUCACUCCCCAAAUCUCUGGCUCUUGGGACGGUUGGCAUGCCAGGUCUCACUGCCUAUUUUGGUCUGCUGGAGGUCUGCAGGAUGAAGCCAGGAGAGACGGUGCUGGUUAAUGCUGCAGCUGGAGCUGUGGGCUCUGUGGUGGGGCAGCUCGCUAAAAUUGGGGGUUGCAAAGUGGUUGGCUGUGCUGGCUCAGAUGAGAAGGUUGCCUAUCUGAAAAAAAUAGGCUUUGAUGAAGCCUUUAAUUACAAGACUGUUACAUCUUUGGAUGAAGCACUGCGUAAAGCCUCUCCUGAUGGCUACGACUGUUUCUUUGACAAUGUGGGCGGAGAAUUUGCCAGUAUUGCUAUCAACCAGAUGAAGAAAUAUGGAAGGAUUGCAGUCUGUGGAGCCAUCUCUCAGUACAAUGACUCUGUGCCUCAGAAAGGACCUUAUGUGCAGGUUCCAAUGAUCUUCAAAGAGCUUCGAAUGGAAGGGUUUAUUGUGACCCGCUGGAAUAACCGCCGGGAGGAAGGUCUGAAGGCACUGCUAAAAUGGGUCCUGGAGGGAAAAGUGAAGUGCCAUGAACAAGUGACUGAAGGAUUUGAGAACAUGCCAAUAGCUUUCAUUGGAAUGUUAAAGGGAGAAAAUCUUGGAAAAGCCAUUGUAAAAAUCUGAAGGUCACAUAUUCCUGGGAGACUGGCGCAGGAGAAUGUGAUUCUGUUAAAGUGCAUUUAACUCACUGAUUGGAAGGCAUGUUUCAGUCUUUUUGCUGGAUGUUAGGUAAUGAUAACUUCUGUUAAUAAUUGGGGUAGUAAGUGUAAGUAUAUGCCAAUGGCUUUGCUCUUCAAGAACUUGAGAGUUGCUUCCCAAACCUACAUAAAAAAUAAAAGCCUUAAAACUGCUACACCUCAUCAGAACUGUAACAGAUUUAAUAGUAGCCUGAAGCUGUCUAUGAAUUGGCUUGUAGAAAGCAAUAGCAAUUCCAAAAGCUUUGCGAUCUGAUGGCACAUCUGGUGACUGAUGUUUACCUACUGAUUUGGCCCAGAACUCAGCAAAAGGGUUUUUUUUAACCAGUAUCAAGGAGCAAAGAACAGGCUAAAAACACCUGGGGGUUCCCAGCUUCCUCACAUGGGUGUUUUUUUGUUUUUCACUUUCAUCAGGAAAUGUAGAUAUUUCAGUUAUUCUGAGAUUCUGGAAAGAAAAAAUAAAUCUGUUACUGGAUA